GUCUCAGGAAGCGCGUUGACAGUUACAAGCACUUUGCACAGAGACAUGGCUGUACGUCUCUUUGAGGGUGAAGAUCAUGCAGCUGCUUACCUGCAGUACAGAGUGGCACCCCUGGAAUUGAUAAGCAGGAUUAUGGGCUACAUGGAGAAAAAGACAACAAACCAGUUCAACCUUGCAGUGGAUGUGGGCUGCGGUUCGGGCCAAGGGACAGUCCUACUGGCUCCAUACUUCACCAACGUUGUUGGAACAGAUAUCAGCCCCGCUCAGCUGAAGAUGGCUAAGGCCCAGAGCAACCCUCCAAAUGUAUCAUACAGGGAGUGUCCAGCAGAGGAGUUAUCAUUUGCUUCGUGUGAGGUCGAUCUUCUGUCGGCCAUGACGGCUGCUCACUGGUUCAACCACCAGAAGUUUCUCCUGGAAGCUGACAGGGUGCUGAGGCCUGGAGGAUGCCUGGCUCUCCUGAGCUACACUAUGGACUUUGAGCUGGAGUAUGGGGAUAUCUCCAACAAGCUCAAUGACAUCUGUAAAGAGUUUUAUGCUGCCCUAUUACCGUUACGUGAUCCCCAUAUAGGAACAAACUCUAUGAAGAUCUACUCAGACAUGUUUGAGUCCUGCUCUUACCCAGACAAGGAGUGGGUUGAGUGUCUGAGGGUAAAAAGGACUAUGCCACUGAACAGGUACAUUGGCAUGGUGGAGACCUUUUCCACCUAUCAGAAGUUGCUGCAAAAGGACCCCACUGAGGCUAAACGUCUUUCUAAUGAUAUCAGGAACAAGUUGUUGUCUGCCAUGAAGACAUCUUCUGAUCCAGAAGUGACAGUGGUUGUCAAGUAUUGCUAUUGGCUGGCACGCAAACCUUGAUCACUCUGACUGGCGGAAUCCUGUGCACCAGAUCCCGAAACCACAGCUGUAGGUUUCAUCAGAAGUGACACAGACCUGAGAGGCCAGGUGCAUACAAAUCUAUUGGUGCUACUCCUCCUACUGUAUGUUAAGAAUCACUUGAACUAAAACAAAUUAUUUAGAUUACCUUUCUGCUUUUAAAACCAGCAUAUAUUGAAUUUAUUUUUACAUAAACAUAUUUGAUUUUUUUUGUAAUGAUGCAAGUAUGUAAUGAGCCUGCUGUUAAAUGAACUCCAGGCUUAUGAAUACUGACCUCUGUGAAUAUAGAACCUUACAAAGUGAACACUAGAUGGAGCCUUGUCAUACAGUGAUGGAUGAGAUUCUAAUUGAAGUCCACUUUGAGCCUUUUGUACAGCCUUGAAAUUGUACUUUUCUUGAAUGAGCUUCUUAUUUCAUGCCAUGGAUCAGAAAUAUCCACUUGUUUUCAGUAUAUCCAUAUCUUUAGAUAUUAAAAAUAUUAAUAUAACUGCAACAGAUUUUGUUGUCUGUUAAUCACAGUUGUUUUCAGUUGCUAAAAUACACUGGUCAAAACUGAAGCUAUGAAACUAUGAAUCAUUUUUACUGCUUUCACUAAAAGUGCAACAAAUCACCAAUUUUUUCC